UCAGGAUUGUCCAUAGGAUUGUCAGAGUUGUCUGUGUUCAAAAUAAUUUUCGUUAUUCGUAGUUAAAACAAUGAAGAAUCAAUCAGAGAAAGAUUUUAAAACCAAAUUCCGUUUAUUAAACUCUCAGGAAAACUCCGAGGAGAUCAUUUGGUCAUACAGUGAUUCUAGUGAUUAUGAAAACAGGAACCAAAACGAAAACCUUGGAAAAGCUAAUCAAACCGUAAAUAGGAAGAGGAAACGUGGAAAAACAAGAAAAAAAGCGCCGAAAAACAUCUCUAACCUAAACAUUACGUUUGUUGAUACGCCUGUAGAAAAUAAAAAUGAUAAAAAGGUUGAUACAUCACCAGUACUACAAAAGGUUAUUCUAUCACCAUUAAUGUCAAAAUCACAACAACAUUUUGCUCCUUUAAACAUUACAAAGGUAUUUUCCUCACCUAUAUUGUCUUCUAAAAGUAAAAACUGUAGUUCUUAUCAAAAUAGGACAGUAAAAAGUCCCAUACUACUUCCGAAUCACACAUCACCUAAUAUCUCACCUUAUGUAAGAAGAAAACUGUUUAACAACAACGACAAUGUUAAAAAUAAAUCAACGUGCGAAGAAAAUGGAAGAAGUAAAUCACCAGUUUUAAAUUGUAGCCCAAUUAGUAACAAAUCAAAACUCAAGGAGUUAAGAUCUCAAAAUGAUGCUGUGAAAACAAUUUUUAAAUCCCAUGGUGCUGAUAUUAGGCAAGAAAUAAUUAAAUCAAAUAAUAUUAAUCCAGAACUAAAUAAGACAUUUAAAAAAACUAACCUAAGUAAAAUAAUUCAAGUGAAGAAUGAAAUUAAUAUAGGUGAACAAAAUGUAAAUGAUUCAUUGAGUACAAAAAGUGCAAAUGGUGCCUUAUUUGAAAAGAUGAAAUCAUAUUUUGAUAGUCACUUCAGUUCUGAAACACCUUCACAGCAGUCUAUAAGUGAAUAUGAUACUACAUCUAAAAACAGUUCAAAAACAAACGAAGAAAUAGAAAUAAUUAAUUCUCAGACUGACAAAAACUGUGUACCUCAAAUUAUAAAAUUGGGAACUAGAUCUUCAUCUGAUAGUUUGAGAAGCUAUGAUGAAGAAGUAGAAACAUCGAAGAAGGUUAGAUACAAAAAGGAUGGAUUAGCAUAUCGCCUGAGUGUGUUAUUAAAAAAACAAAAAUCUAACGUUUCUCUAUGGCAGCACGAAAGAUUUUUGGCGGCAAACUCUAAUUUUGUUAUACCCAAUGACGAUUUCACUCCAUUCCGUAUUCAAAAUGUUACUAUCAAAUAUGGCUGCUAUUUAUUAGAAGUUAUAGAUGUUGAUGGAAAGAAAUGUUUCGUAUUAAUAAAUCAUUUGAAUAUGAAUAAUAGUAUUUUAGAACAGUGCAAUAUUUUUAAGCUUUAUAGACCUUAUAAAAUUUUAGAUUUCAAUUCAGACUAUAAACUGAUUGUAAAUGUCAGUAAAUUUGAAUUUACAGUACUUGAUAUAUGAAUAAUUUAUGCAAAACUGUUGGCUAAAUUUAA